AUGUCGGGCGACUGGGAUGAAGACCUGUGUAAGAAGGCGCUGGUUUUGGUGGAGGAGCUGUGCUUUAACUCUCCACGCGGCUACAGCCAGAGCGAACGCUGCCAGGAGUUUAGCUACCUGCUGAGGGGGCGCAACCGCCAGAUCGACACAGAGAUCUCCGUGAGCCUGCUGUCCGUCAUCGUCACCUUCUGUGGUAUCGUCCUUCUCUCCGUCUCGCUCUUCGUCUCGUGGAAACUCUGCUGGUUGCCAUGGCGAGACAAAGAGGGCGGUGGCCUGAGCCUGACCGCGGGGCUGUUGCCGGGCAGCGGGGGGUUGGCCAGUCUGGGAGCGGCGGCGGGCUCUUCCCUCCUGCCCCCCCUGCUCCAGAGGAAAGAGGGACACUCGUCCUCCUCCCUGUACCCCACCCUCGGGCAGCAGGGACACCCACACUUCAAUGACCUGGUGGGGCUGGAGAGGGGGGAGGUGGUGGGCGGGCCAGAGACGCAGGAGCACUCCUAUCUGGACAUGGACUCCUACCCCAACAACGCAGGGACGCUGAAGCUGAGUCAGACCUCCCCGGACGUCCCGAACUCAGAGGGAGGAGCUCACCCUCAGAAGGAGCUGCCCAAUGCCCACUCCAAAGAGCAGGUCACAGCGCGGCCCAAACCCAUGACUCACCAGCUCUCCAGUCCGGACUUCCACGGAGAGGAGAAGGAUCAGGUUACGAGCAUAGGGCAGAUCAAACCCGAGCUGUACCGGCCCAAAGGAGACCAAGCCGAGGGCAAACUGGGAGACACCUGUGGCAAAAUCAGCUUCCUGCUCAGAUACGCCUUCAACACGGAGCAGCUGGUGGUGAAGAUACUGAAAGCUCUGGACCUGCCAGCCAAAGACGCCAACGGCUUCUCUGACCCUUACGUCAAGAUCUACCUACUGCCAGACAGGAAGAAGAAGUACCAGACCAAGGUUCACAGAAAGACCCUGAACCCGGUGUUUAACGAGACGUUCCAGUUCGGCGUUCCUCUGGAUGAGCUCCACUCCCGAAAGCUGCACUUUUCCGUGUACGACUUCGACCGCUUCUCCAGACACGACCUGAUUGGACAGGUGGUGGUGGACAACCUGCUGGACUUCAGCGAGGGCAGCGGGGACAAACCCAUCUGGAGGGACAUCAUCGAGGGCCACGCUGAGAAACCGGACCUGGGAGAGCUGAACUUCUCCCUGUGUUACCUGCCCACAGCCGGCAGACUCACCGUCACCAUCAUCAAGGCCACCAACCUCAAAGCCAUGGACCUGACCGGCUUCUCAGAUCCGUACGUGAAGGCGUCUCUGGUGUGCGACGGCCGCAGGUUAAAAAAGAGGAAGACGUCGAUAAAGAAGAACACGCUGAACCCCACGUACAACGAAGCUCUGGUGUUUGACAUCCCCAACGAGAACAUCGAGAACGUGUCCAUCGUCAUCGCAGUUAUGGACUACGACUGCAUCGGACACAAUGAGGUCAUAGGCAUGUGUCGCGUGGGCUCGGACGCAGACGGGCCGGGCCGGGAGCACUGGUCAGCCAUGUUGGCCAAUCCACGCAAACCCAUCGAGCACUGGCAUCAACUGGUAGAGGAGAAAUUCAUCGGUACAUUUGUGUCAAAUAAGGAAGAAAAGUCCUCUUCUAAACCUCACAUUGUAGUGGACAGCCCUCACUCUGAGUAA